AUGGCGGAAGCAGGGGAUCAACCAGAACCAUGCAGUAUAGUCUCCUCGUUCUCCACCUUUGACUUUGAGUAGAACAUUCAUGGCUGCAUCUCCUACACAUAUCCAGCUUCCUUCUUCUUGUACGCUUCUCCCAUCUUCUUCAUUCAUCUCUUCGCUUCCUUUACCUCCACUCUCUAUUACUACUGCUUCAGCUAUUCUCACCUCCACAAGACUCUCUUCAUUACGCGUCCGUUUCAGUCGACGGUCCAUCGUCAGAUACAACGACAACUUUGAAGAAGAUGAAGAAGAAGACGAGAAUGAAGAGGACUGGAGCUUUGAGGAAGCUGUCUCUCUCUUCAACAAGAGAGACUAUUACAAAAGCCACGACGCGCUGGAAGCACUCUGGAUUCGAGCUGAGGAGCCAGCUCGGACGCUGUUCCAUGGGAUACUUCAGUGUGCCGUUGGAUUCCACCAUCUCUUUAACAACAAUCAUAAAGGUGCGAUGAUGGAGUUGGGAGAAGGAGUAUGCAAGCUAAGGAAGAUGAACUUUGAAGAUGGUCCGUUUCAAGAAUUCGAGAGAGAUGUCUCUGCUGUUCUUGAAUUCGUUUAUCAAACACAACUCGAACUCGCUGGUUGUUCAGAAGAUAUGUGCUUGACAAUGGAUCAAUCAGACAGAUCUUAUCAACUGUUGGGCGGUUAUGCAGCUGGAGAGAGUAUAUACACCUUAGAGACUGUGGUUGAUUUCAACAAUGGAAUGUCUGAAACAUGUGUUAUACUCUUCUCUCCUUCAAGCUCCUCCUCUGAGCCAACAAGAGUCAAACUCCCAACUCUAGAGGCAACCAAUAAACACCUUCUUGCGUUUACAGGGGACGAGAGUCUCUAAAGAGAAAUGAUUCAUUAGGAUCUGAUUUGCAUUCCACAAAAAAAAAAAACAU